CGCACCAGAUUUCCGUCGACUCUCCGCCUCCUCCGUCAUUUCUAUUCUACAGAAACGUCAAAGACCGGAAGAAACGAGAGAGCCGAGACUCGCUGCCUCCACCGCCGGACGCCGAGUCGCCGACCUGCACGCCUCCAGUCCCUCCACCCUCCAGGACAAAUAGACAAGCAGAGAAGGAAAUGAGUGUAGAAAUUCAAGAGAAUCAGCAGGAAAAGUGAAUAAAGAGAACCAGAGAAAUGAGCAAGAAUAAGAAAAGAGGUCACAAAAGUAAAGCACAAGACAUUGCUGCUGAACAAAGCACAAAUGAGAAUGGUACUGCUUGUUUGGAGGCCUGUAGCAACAAACAAAACUGUUCCGAUGGUAUUUCUACUGCAGAAGAUACUCUGAUCCAACCAGCCACAGAUAGCUGCCAAAAUGCUCUUCUUGAAGAAGAAUCUCCUGCAAAUUUGCUUACUCUUAAGCCUCAGGAUUUAGCUUUGAGCCCAAUAGAAUGUCCUUUGGAAGAAAAUAUGCUUGGGAAGAAGAAGAAAAAGAAAAGAAGUAAAAAGAUUUGUACUAAGACCGGCACUAAUCUAGAGGUUGUUCCCCAUGAAGCAGAGUCAUGUGCACACUGGCUACCUUCAGAGCAUCAAGAGCUACAUACGAACAAUGAGGCAAACACUUUUAACAGAAAACAGAAGACGAAGAAAAAUGAUCUAAAUAUACCCACAAGUGGUGAUGUUGAUGCCAACAUUACUGCACUACGACCUGGUCGACCCCUUGUACUUGAGGUAGAAUCUGCUGCAAAUUUGCUUUCUCUUAACGGUCAGGAGUUAGUUUUGAACGCAUUGGGUAAUCGUUCCAAAGAAAAUAUGUCUGGGGAAAAGAAGAAAGAUAAAAAAAGUCAACAUAUUUGUACUGAAGCCAUGACGAGUCCAGAGGUUGUUCCUUCUAAAGCAGAGUCAUCUGUACGAUUGCCAGCUCCAGAGCUUCAAGAUGAUAUGAACAUUGAGGUAAACACUUCUAAAGGAAAACAGGAGAAGAGGAAGAAAAGCAAACUAAAUAUACCCACAAGUGAUGCUGUUGGUGUGGACACUACUGCACAACACUCACUUUUGCACGAGGUAGAAUCUGCUGCAGUUAUGUUUUCUCCAAAACCACAGGACAUAGAUUUGAACCCAUUGGAAAAAAAUUUGGAAAAAAACAUGUCUGGGAAAAAGAAGAGGAAGAAGAAAAGAAGUGGAAAAGUUUCAACUGAAGCUAUCCCUGACUCAAAGGUAGUUCCACCUGAAGCAGAGGACUCUUUACAAUUGCCAGCUUCAGGGCUUCAAGAUCUAGAUGCUGUUGGUGUGAACACUAGUGCACAACCACCACUAUUGCUUGAGACAGAAUCUGCUGCAGUUAUGCCUUCUCUAAAACCGCAGGACAUAGGUUCAAACCCAGUGGAAAACAAUUUGGAAGAAAAUAUAUCUGGGAAAAAGAAGAAGAAGAAGAAGAAGAAGAAAAGAUGUGGAAAAAUAUCAACUGAAGCUAUCCCUGACGCAGUAGUUCCAUAUGAAGCAGAGGACUCUUUACAAUUGCCAGCUCCAGGGCUUCAAGAUCUAGAUGCUGUUGGUGUGAACACUACUGCACAACCACCGCUAUUGCUUGAGAUAGAAUCUGCUGCAGUUAUGCUUUCUCCAAAACCGCAGGACAUAGAUUCGAAUCCAGUGGAAAAGAAUUUGGAAGAAAAUAUGUCCGAGAAAAAGAAGAGGAAGAAGAAAAGAAGUGGAAAAUUUUCAACUGAAGCUAUCCUUGAUGCAGACGCAGUUCCACCUGAAGCAGAGGACUCUUUACAAUUGCCAGCUCCGGGGCUUCAAGAUCUAGAUGCUGUUGGUGUGAAAACUACUGCACAACCACCACUAUUGCUUGAGAUAGAAUCUGCUGCAGUUAUGCUUUCCCCAAAACCGCAGGACAUAGAUUCGAACCCAGUGGAAAACAAUUUGGAAGGAAUUAUGUCCGGGAAAAAGAAGAGGAAGAAGAAAAGAAGUGGAAAAUUUUCAACUGAAGCUAUUCCUGACGCAGUAGUAGUUCCACCUGAAGCAGCAGACUCUUUACAAUUGCCUACUCCGGGGCUUCAAGAUCUAGAUAUGAUGAUUGAAGCAAACACUUCCAACAGAAAACACAUGGGGAAGAAAAGCAAACUGAAUUUACCCCCAAGUGAUAUUGAUGUGGACACUGGUUUUGCACAACCACUUGCGUCUGAGGUAGAAUCUGCUGCGAAUUUGUUUUCUCUGAAGCCGCAGGAUAUAGGUUUGAACCAAAUAGAAAGUAAUUUGGAAGAAAAUAUGUCAGGGAAAAAGAAGAGAAAGAAGAAAAAAAGUGAAAGAAUUUCAACUGAAGCUAACCCCAAUCUAGAGGUUUCUCCACCCAAAGUUGAGGACUCUGUACAAUUUCCUGCUCCAGAGUUUCAAGAUCCCAAUGUGACUGAGGCGAACACUUCAAACAGAAAACACAAGGGGAAGAAAAGCAAUCUAAAUCUACCUGCAUGUGAUGUUGUUGGUGUUACUUUUCCACAACAACCACUUGCACGUGAGGUAGAAACUGCUGCAAAUUCGCUUUCUCCAAAGCUGCAUGAUGUAGUUUUGAAUGCAAUGGAAAAUCAUCUGGAAGGAGAUAUAUGUGGUGAAAAGAAGAGGAAGAAGAAGAACAAAAGUGAAAUCAUUCCAACACAAGACAUCCCUAAUCUAGAAGUUCUUUCCCCUGAAGCAGAGGGCUAUGAACAACUGCCGGAUCGAGAGCUUCAAGGGAUUGAUGUAAAAAUUGAGACGAAUAGCUCUAAUAGAAAGCAGGAGAAGAGGAAGAUUAAUACUGUAAAUAAACCCACAGUUGAUGCUGCAGGUGUGAACAUGACUUCUGUCCCACAACCACUGGCACCUGAGGUAGAAUCAACUGAAAGUUUGCUUUCUCUAGAGCCCCAAGAUGUAAUUUUGAACCCAAUUAAAGAAAACACGGAUGAAAAAAAGAAUAAAAGAAGUGAAAAUACUCCAACUGAAGUCAUCCCUUAUCUAGAAGUGGUUCCAGGCAAAGCAGUGACCUAUGUUCAAUUGCCCGUUACAGAACUUCAAGAGUUAGAUGUACACAUUGAGGCAAAUAGCUCUAACAGAAAACAGAAGAAGAGGAAGAGAAGCAAAGUUAAUACAGCGACAGGUGAUGCUGUUGAUGUGGAUGCUACUGCGCCACAACCACUAGCACUUGUGAUAGAAUCAACUGCAAAUUUGCUUUCUCCAGAGCCUCGGGAUGUUGUAUUAGACCCAAAGAAUAACACAGUAAAUAAACCCAUGAUUGAUGCUGCUGGUAUGAAGAUGACUUCUCCCCCACAACCACUGGCAGCUGAUGUAGAAUCAACUGAAAAAUUGCUUUCUCUAGAGCCCCAAGAUGUAGUUUUGGUCCCAAUGGAAGAAAACAUUGCUGAAAAAAAGAAGAAAAUAACUGAAAAUACUUCAACUGAAGUCAUCCCUAAUCUAGAAGUGGUUCCCAGCAAAGCAGUGACCUAUGUUCAAUCGCCAGUUAUAGAACUUCAAGAGUUAGAUGUAAACACUGAGGCAAAUAGCUCUAACAGAAAACGGAAGAAGAGGAAGAAAAGCAAAGUUAAUACACCGGCAUGUGUUGCUGUUGACGUGGAUGCUACUGCGCCACAACCACUAGCACUUGUGGUAGAAUCAACUGCAAAUUUGCUUUCUCCAAAGCGUCAAGAUGUUGUCUUAGACCCAAUGGAUAACUGUAUGGAAGAACUUAUGGCUGGGAAAAAGAAGAAAAAAAGUGAAAAUAUUCCAACUGAAGCCAUCUCUAAUCUAGAUGUUCUACCCCACAAAACGGAGGGCUCUCUACAUUUGCCAGCUCCAGAGUGUCAAGAGCUAGAUGUAAAUAUUGAGGCAAAUAGCUCUAACAAAAAACAGAAGAGGAAGAAAAACAAAGUAAAUAAACCCACAAGCAAUGCUGUUGAAGUGGAUACUACUUCUGCACCACAAUCACAUGCACUAGAGCAUCAAGAGAUGGUUACAAAUGUGACCCGAGAAAUGGAGGAAACAAGUUCAAGUGGGAUAAAGUGUUCGAAUUGGGAAGGGAAGAAGAAUCAACAUAAACCCACAAAUGAUGUUGAUGGUGUCCCUUCUGCACAUCCACCACUGCCACUAGAACUUCAAGAGAAUGAAAAAAAAUUGACUAAAGAUCUAGAUGAGCAGAGUGGAAGUGGGCAAAAUAGUGCAAGUGAGAAAAGGAAAAGGAAGAAGAAGAAAAAGAAUCUCACAAGUAAUGUUAUUGAUACAAAGUCAACUGGUGAAGUACAUGUUGCACCAGAUAAUCUUGAGAGAGAUACACUUUCUCCCAUAAAUAUUGAGGUAAAUAAUGAUAAUGGACGAAAGAGAAAGAUAGGAGAAACUGAUGUAGAGUUGGCUGCCCAAGUGAUGGAGCCUGAGAAUCAAGACUUGACAAAUAAAAUGAAGAGAAGAAAUGUAACAAUGGGAGAAGUUGAAGAAGUGGACAAUGUUAAGACUGAAGAGAUUGAAACUCUUUGUGCCGAUACUAUAAAGAUGUCUUCUGAGGAUGUUCCAACAAAUAAUGCUCUUGAUGUUGAGAAAUCUGCAAUGAGUAGUGAAAAUGGGCUACAUUUAGCUUUUCCUGAAAAGAAUAUAGUUGCUGAAAGUUGCAUUGAGGGGACUUGUCUUUCAUCCAGCACAGGGGUAACCAUGGAUGUUAACCCUUGUUUGAGGAGAAAACUGCUCAUCCUUGAUUUGAAUGGACUACUUGCAGAUAUUAUUAUGCCGCCACCAAAGGGUUUUAAACCUGAUGCAAGUUUUAUGCGAAGGGCAGUAUUCAAGAGACCCUUCUGUGAUGAUUUUCUGAAGUUCUGUUUUGAGAGAUUUGACUUGGCAAUCUGGUCAUCUAGAUCAAAGAGAAUUAUUGAUAGAGUGGUAGAUUAUUUAUUGGGAGAUCUGAAGCACAAGUUGUUAUUUUGCUGGGAUAUGUCUCAUGCUACCAUGACCAAAUUCAAGACACUUGAAAACAAAGACAAACCGUUGGUAUGUAAGGAUUUGAGAAAAAUUUGGGAAACAGGUUACCCAGCUCUACCGUGGAAAAAAGGAGACUAUGAUGAGUCGAACACAUUGCUAUUGGAUGAUUCUCCAUAUAAGGCCCUGCUAAAUCCUGCUCACACAACUAUCUUUCCACAUUCCUACAACUUCAUGGACAAAGACAAGGAUAACUCGUUAGGUCCUGGUGGCGAUCUUCGUGUUUUCUUGGAGAAGUUGGCAGAUGCAGAACAUGUACAGAAGUUUGUUGAACAACACCCAUUUGGGCAACCUGCAAUCUGUGAGAAACACCCCAGUUGGGACUUCUACUCCAAGGUUAUGAGGAGUCUUUCACCAUCUUCAUUCUAACCGUGGAGGAACUAUGAAUGGAACAACCUCUUUUCCUUCCUAAUCUUGUAAGUUAAUUCUUUGGUGAAACUUGAGGCCCUAAAAAACUGUGUAUUUUAGCAGGAUCCUGAUUGGAACAAAUAGUGAUUAACUCAGGUAAAUUUUGUACUAUUUAUUUUUAUGAAAUAUGUUUCGAGUUAACCAUAAGGACUUUCUAGCUAGAGAAUCAUGCGGCUGAUUAAUUGUGAAAAUCGGAUUCUCGUGAGCAUCGACAACUGAUUCUAGCUAGCCACAAUCUG